AUGACUAUACGAACGCGUGAAAAACUUGCAGAGAGCGACGAAGAUCCUGUUGAAUCUAUGUUAAAGAAAAGCGGCUGUUUAGAACUGCAUUAUAAAGUUCAAGAAUGCAUAGCUACUACAAAGGACUGGAGAAGGUGCCAGAAUGAGGUAAACGAUUUCCGAAACUGUAUUGAAAAGCACAAGAAAAAUGCGGAAAGUUCCAAAAGUUGA